AUGGGAGGUUCUAAAAAUAAGAAAUUCUAUUUAUAAUUUUAUUUAAAUAAAAAGACAUCUGAAAUUAAUAAAAAACCUAAAAAUUAUGACUAAAUAACUCUAAAAAUAUUAGAAAUAGAAAAUCCAGAAUCUAAAAAAAACAAAGAGUUAACCCAAGAAGAGCUUUUUUAAAAAAACUUUUAAAAAUUAAACGAAAUAUAAUCUAUAUAAUAAACAAUAGGUAUUUUUUUCUAAAAAAUAAAAUAAAACAAACAAAGAUAAAUAAAUAAAACAAAAAAAAGGAAAAAAUAAUUAAUAAGAAUGGUUUAAUAUAUUUCUUGA